AUGGAGGAGGAUGCCUCUUCCCCACGAGAGCCCGCCUUUGAUCGGCUGCCCCCAAAAGUAAUCGAACACAUUCUUUACGUCGCCGAUGCCAAUACCUUUGCGUCUCUGUCCCUACUGAACAGGCUAUGGAGGCGGACAUCCGAAUCACCAGCGUUGUAUGCGCAUCACUUAUCGCGUUGUCCCUCUUUCGCUUGGGCGCGGGGCACUAGUCCCGCACCUGGUGAGACUGGUGAGUCGGAGAGCUUACCAGUCCUGAAGGACCAUUUCAUUGAGGAAAUCAGACGGAAUGCAUUUGAUGUGUUUCUUCGGCCCCGCCGAACUCUGGUUCGCUUGAUAUCGAGCUCUAUGAGCUCGUCUACUGCAUUCCCCCAAGGCGAAGUAUUUCGAUUCUCUUUCUCGGCAAACGGCCAGCUAGUUCUUUGCAUCAGCUCGUCUCGCAUAGUUGUUUUGGAACUCUCUUCAGAUCCAGUGGCUGUGAAGCAUGAGCUAAAAACUCGCCGACGCCCUCUGGGGGCUACCAUACAUGAUGACGGCUCACUCCUCGCGGUUCUGUCCUCUACCCACAAGGUGAACAUCUACCGACUCUGCAACGAGGAAGUGAGACUUAUGCAAACCAUCACGCUAAACGAUGCCCCUCGUGAUUUGAAAUUUUCUCCCACGGGAAGUGUAUUGGCUCUAUCUUUCGAGGAUUGUAUAGAGGUGCACGCUGUAGGCGAGGAGGUUCUAGUGACAGAACGUCGCGCAGCUCGUUGCCCAAGAAUCGAUACAAUCUGUUUCUCUCCAGAUGGAUCUAUGCUACUUGGAUCCCCGGUGGACUAUGAGCUUGAUGGAAUCGUGACAAUCACCGCCCCAUUUUAUACGGAGCCCGGCCUCGACGUCACACCACAGGAAGUGCAGAUGCGCAUGUGGACAACGCAGAUCCUUUUCCCGGAAAUAACAUCCGGCUUCACGCAUGCCUGUCUGAUUAAAGGCCACGAGGAAGAAGAUGAUAGCUGGAUUCUUGGGUAUGACAUCCAGCUAGCAGCGUUCAGAGCUAUCAAGAUCAACAAUACCGGAACGGGUGGUGUGUACUUUGCUAGCCCUUUCUUGGCGGAUGAACCACGAGAGAUGCUGCCUAUCAUGCUCCCCACAACGGACGAAUUUGGUGAGCUUGUCGCCUUGGGAUUCCAAGACUCUGAAGUAUGGAUAUAUGGCGUGCCUAAGCGUCUGGAUGUUCCCUCUACCAGUCCGACGUCGGGGCCACAAGAGGACAUCGAGACUCAUUUCAAUGGCGACUAUCAUUGUCAGGGCCAAGCUCCCCCUCGUGAUAAUCUAGUGCAACUGCAUAAGAUAAUUCAACAGCCGAAAACAUUGAUCCGUGGGCGUCGAGUGGCUGAUAUGCACGGAAUGACUGCGGCUCACUGGGUGCGAUCGACCCCGGCAACAAAAUUUCGACGUCGCUUAGUUACCGUGGCACCAGGUGGCGUACGUCCGCAGAUAUUUGGCGAGGAGGAUGUCCCCGUUGAUGGUGGACGCAUGUUGGUCCUAGAUUUUGAAAGAUCGACUAAUAAUGGCGGGGACGUGGAGAUCGACAUCGAAAUCGGGGAGACAGAGCCAAAAAUGUUGAUGGAACCAGAUUCUUCUUUAGAUACAGAAGUCGAGCUUGAAAGAAGGAGAACGCGUUUGAAUCGAGGCGAUACCGAUCCCACCACACUUACUGCACUUGGACGUCGCUCAUCCAGAUCCACACGACAGAAUCCACGAUCUGCUAGUCAGACAUUACUGCCGCAUAUUCGCCGCAAUAGUCUAUCGGUUCCCACAUCCCCAGAGGAAGUGACCGCUGGAAACGUUCCAGAGAUUCCAUAUGACAACACUCAGCCUCGCUCUCAAGACACACUCCACCGGGCCGCUACAGCUGCAGCUUCAACCCGAGGCCGAUAUGACCCGCGGUACCGAAAUACCCCCAGCCGCCGUUAUGUGCCCCAUGAAAGCGAUGCGGACAAUUGGGUGCCACCACCUCCCCCAUACAAGCGAGAAGCUGAUGAGCCUUUGCCGGAACAUCUUCGACAAACACUGCUUCCUAGUGGCGCCAGCAAUAAUUUACGACCCGGCGAGUCAGCCACUCAGCAAAUCCAGCGAGCACAAACCACCCGUGUCGCGCGACCAUACCCGCAAGGUCAUCCUCGUCCGCAAUCCGCCAUUCUCCAACGACUAGGCUCUAUUUCCAGGCGCCCAAUCAGAGCUCGGGGAGAUUCUGCAUCUCCAAUUGAAAGGCCUGUUCAAGACCAUAUCGAUGUUCCUACAUUGGCCGUACCCCAGCCUCCGGAGCAAAUUGUCGUAACUGAAAGUUCCCCUGUGAACGCUUGGCCACGCCCACGAACCACAGCACCACCGACUGUUCCUGUUGUCACCGGGCAGCUUCCAUCUCUUCAACCGCUACCACAAUUAACGGUUCAGUCAUCUGAACAGGCUACACGAGAGCCGAUCAUGACUAUGCCUUCUCUAGGGGCUACUAUGCUCGGGGAGGCCUAUCUUCCCUACUCUGUGUCAUCGCCAAACCUCCUUCAUAUUCCGGAGCCACACGGGAAUGCAUUGGACAUAUCGGCUGCAGAAGAUGAGGCCCAGGUUCCUGAAAGACAGAGAUCUUUCCGCCGGCGAGUGUCAACAGAGCCGAUCAGCCUACCACCUCCAGAGAACGAGGAGUGGCGACGGCGAAUUGAGGAUUGGAAUGAACACACCAUCCGGGAGCGUAGUCGAAAACGACGAAAUAAGUGCAUUAUUAUGUAG